GCCGAGCAGCCAGCCCAGCUAGGAGCGGUGAGGCUGCCCUGCGCCCCGCGCCUCGGCUGGAGCCGGGCCUGGGCGGCGGGCUGGAAGCGGCCGAGGGGCGCGGGCCGCGCGGCGGACACCCGGGGUGCCGCAACGAUGGCCGUGCAGGCCGCGCUCCUCAGCACGCACCCCUUCGUCCCCUUCGGCUUCGGGGGUUCCUCGGACGGGCUGGGGGGCGCCUUCGGGGCCCUGGACAAGGGCUGCUGCUUCGAGGACGAGGAGACCGGGACGCCGGCUAGCGCGCUGCUGGCAGGCACCGAGGGUGGGGACGUGCGCGAGGCCACCCGCGACCUGCUCAGCUUCAUGGACUCGGCGUCCAGCAACAUCAAGCUGGCACUGGACAAGCCGGGCAAGUCCAAGCGGAAGGUGAACCACCGCAAGUACCUGCAGAAGCAGAUCAAGCGCUGCAGCGGCCUCAUGGGCGCCGCGCCCCCGGGUCCUCCCUCUCCGGGAGCGGCCGACGCACCCGCCAAGCGGCCGCUCGCCGCUCCCGGCGCCCAGACGGUCGCGGUCCCAGCACACGGCAAGGUAGCCCCACGGAGGGAGGCGUCGCAGGCCGCGGCGGCCGCCAGCCUUCAGAGUCGGAGCCUGGCCGCACUUUUCGACUCGCUUCGCCACGUCCCCGGGGGCGCUGAGCCGGUGGGGGGCACCUUGGCGGCACCCCCGGCGGGGCUCGGCGCGGCGGGCUCCGGGGGCGGCGGCGGGGACGCGAUCGGUCCCCUGGGGGGCACGGCGGUGCCCGGCGCCAGGAAGGUCCCUCUGCGAGCCCGCAACCUGCCGCCGUCCUUCUUCACCGAGCCUUCUCGGGCGGGUAGCGGCGCUUGCGUCCCGUCGGGGCCGGGUGUGAGCUUGGGCGACUUGGAGAAGGGCGCCGAGGCGGUGGAGUUCUUCGAGCUGCUGGGGCCGGACUACGGCGCCACCACCGAGGCGGGCGUCUUAGUCGCCGCGGAGCCUCUCGAUGUGUUCCCCACUGGAGCCGCCGUCCUGCGGGGAUCCCUGGAGCUGGAGCCCAGCCUCUUUGAGCCCCCGCCCGCGAUGGUGGGGAGCCUACUAUACCCAGAGCCCUGGAGCGUCCCGGCCUGUCCCACGACCAAGAAGCCUCCGGUCGCUGCCCCCCGCGGCGGCUUGACCUUGAACGAGCCCUUGCGUCCCCAGUACCCGGCCCCGGCGGACUCUCCGGGUGGGGAGGACGGGCCCGGCCUUUUGGCCUCUUUCGCCCCCUUCUUCUCAGACUGCGCCUUGCCCCCGCCACUGCCGCCACAUCAGGUGUCCUACGAUUACAGCGCCAGCUACAGCCGCCCGGCUUACUCUGGCCUUUGGAGACCCGACGGGGUUUGGGAAGGGGCGCCUGGGGAGGAGGGGGCACACCCGGACUGACUGCGAAGUAGUCUUCUCUCCCAUUAGAAACUACUGUGGGGGAGUUCCCGCCUCCCCGGCUUUCCUGAACUUACAGAACGGUGGGAACUUGCGUGUGGACAUGAAAUGGGAUAAAAAAAUUCAAUUAAUAAUAAUAAUAAACAAAAAACACUUCAGAAAAAGACGAAGAGUUGGGGAUUGUUUUAAUCAGAACCUCAAGCGUUCAAAACAAAAACAGAAACAGACAAAACCAAAAGCGGUUGGUAGGUUCUUUCUGAACCAAAGGAGGCAAGAAACCCAGGAGUUUGGGGAAUAGGGUGGGAAUAGCAGCAGGGGCAGGGGGAACUUGUGUAGCUACCUGCUCCUUCCCCAACUUUCAGCAAAAGGUCUGUGUAUUUAGUGUAAUUGCCCUUUUCAGACCAUGCUCUGGUUCUUCCCUUUCCCUUGCCUGCGAGUGCAUUAUGAAUUAAAACCUAUAU